GCUGGCCGCCUAUAAAGGGUUCCCGAGGCCCGGGCGCGCGUUAGGGAGACGGCGACUGUUGUGGAACCUGAGACGGCUGCGACGCGGUCCGCUUGGCCUCUCGGAGCGCAGCCGGGCCGCCAGCGCAGCCGACAUGGAGCCCGAGUCUGAGCCGGUCACGCUGCUGGUGAAGAGCCCCAACCAGCGCCACCGCGACUUGGAGCUGAGCGGAGACCGCGGCUGGAGCGUGGGCCGCCUCAAGGCCCACCUGAGCCGCGUCUACCCCGAGCGGCCGCGCCCAGAGGAUCAGAGGGUAAUUUAUUCCGGGAAGCUGCUGUUGGAUCACCAGUGUCUCCGAGACUUGCUACCAAAGGAAAAACGACAUGUUUUGCACCUAGUGUGCAAUGUGAAGAGCCCCUCAAAAAUGCCAGAAAACAGCCCAAAGGGUGCUGAAUCCAUAGAGCAACCCAGUGGCCCUAAUCAGGGACAGUAUCCUGGAGAUUCCUCAAGUGAUGGUUUAAGGCAAAGGGAAGCUCUUCGGAACUUUUCUCCCUCCGGAUGGGAGAACAUCACAAGGCCUGAAGCUGUCCAGCAGGCAUUCCAAGGCCUAGGGCCUGGCUUCUCUGGCUACACAACCUACGGGUGGCUGCAGCUCUCCUGGUUCCAGCAGAUCUAUGCAAGACAGUACUACAUGCAAUAUUUAGCUGCUACUGCUGCAUCAGGAACUUUUGUCCCAACACCAAGUGCACAAGAGAUACCUGUGGUCUCUGCACCUGCUCCAGCCCCUAUCCACAACCAGUUUCCAGGGGAAAACCAACCAGCCAAUCAGAAUGCAGCUGCUCAAGUGGUUGUUAAUCCUGGAGCCAAUCAGAACUUGCGGAUGAAUGCACAAGGUGGCCCUCUUGUGGAAGAAGAUGAUGAGAUAAAUCGAGACUGGUUGGACUGGACCUAUUCAGCAGCUACGUUUUCUGUUUUCCUCAGCAUCCUCUACUUCUACUCUUCCCUGAGCCGAUUCCUCAUGGUCAUGGGUGCCACUGUUGUUAUGUACCUGCAUCACGUUGGGUGGUUUCCAUUCAGGCAGAGGCCGAUUCAGAACUUCCCGGAUGAUGGUCCUCCUCAGGAAGCUGCAAAUCAGGACCCCAACAAUAACCUGCAGGAAGGCACUGAUCCUGAAACUGAAGACCCUAACCAUCUCCCCCCUGAUCGGGAAGUGUUGGACCCUGAGCAGACCAGUCCCUCAUUUAUGAGCACAGCAUGGCUAGUCUUCAAGACUUUCUUUGCCUCUCUUCUUCCAGAAGGCCCUCCGGCCAUAGCAAACUGAUGGCACUUAUGCUUUGUUGCUGGAAGCUUUCGCAGCUUGGACUGGAUCAUCUGGCUCCAGCUUAAUCUCCUCACCUGGAUAUGACUCAACAGAGUCACUGAAAACCCACAGGAUGAUGGUAUGCUUUUGUGGCAAGCAAAAGCACCAGCUAAGACCUGAAGCCAUGAUACAAAUUAACGAACCCAAACUGAACAGGGCUUCUCAUAUCUUUGUUCUGAAGAGCUUUAAUAUAUACUGUAUGUAGUUUCAUAGGCUCUGUAAGUAGAAGGCCUGGGUGUCGCAUGUAAUGCCUGAAGAGCCUCCCCAGAUGUGUGUGUGCAUGUGUGCUGUACAUAGAAGUCAUAGAUGCAGAAGUGGUUCUGCUGGUACGAUUUGAUUCCUGUUGGAAUGUUCAAAUUACACUAAGUGUACUACUUUAUAUAAUGAGUGAAUUGCUAGACAUGUUAGCAGGACUUUUCUAGGAGAGACUUGUGUAUAAUUGCUUUUUAAAAUGCAGCGCUUUCCUUUAAACUGAGGGCAACUUGGCAAAGGUGAAACCUUUGCUGAGCUUUCUGUUCAAUAAAGUUUUGCUAUGAAUGAUUGGCAGAGUC